AUGGCGGAUUGAAACCCGAAAUUCGGAACGCUAUCGUUGCAUGAUACCGCAUUGCUGCGCUUCUUUGAUAAUUUUGUUGUGACUUUCGAUCUACAUUGUGUGUUUUGGCCGCCAAUGUCAAAUUGAGUCAAAAUAAUUUGUUUUGCGGUGUUUUACUGGUGGUGCGAGUUGCACUAAAAUGAAAUGGAUCCUAUAGUAGUGAAAACUGAGAUGCAGAGCAAUGGAGAGAUACUUCUAUUUUAUGUUGAUGAAAAUGGUGGUAAUGAAGAAGGAGUACUUACUACAGUAGAGAAUAUUGAAAAUCAAGCUAUACAGCUUCAACAAGAUAAUUCCUUUGUACUCCCUGAUAUGGUUGACAACUCCAAUGAGAAUGCUGACCAAUCAACAGCUGAUAACUGGACUGAUGAUGAAAUAAACAGACUCCUCGUCUUUUACAAUGAUAACAAACAAACUUUUAUCAAUGGCACAACUAAGAAACAACAUCUCUGGACCGUUGCCUGCAAAACAAUGCUUUUAGGAAAAAAUCCAAACUCAUGUGAGGCCAAACUGCAUAGCUUACAAACAAAGUACAAUGAAAUAUGUGAAAACAUACAAAAAGGACUGUACGAAGAGUGGCCGUACUUUCAACUAUGUCAUAAUAUAUUCCAAGAUGAAAGCCCUGUGAUUACCAUCGAAACGGUCAACUCAUCAGAACCACAAAUUAUUAAAGUUCCAGCUUUGAAACAGAACUUCGACAAUGUUAUGAUGGUUAAAAAGAUAAAUAAACCUGUGGUUGAUGAGAAAGUUCAUACAAUGCUUACUUUGUAUUUGAAAUACAAGAAAAACUUUCAAGAAGAGUACUGGAGACGUGGUUUGUGGGAGACCAUUGCGAUGGAGAUGGGAGAAGAUGAUGGGGAAUACUGGCAGAAGAGAUUCUUGAAUUAUAAACAGCAUUACUUGAGAUUGCUUGACAAGAGACGAGACAGUGGCAACGAAGGUAUUAACUGGCCGUACAUGGAGUUAUUUGAUAAAAUAUUUGAAGGGGACCAAGAAUUUAAUCGAAAAUACUUGAAUGAAGAAUACAGGUUAAUUGAAAACCAGGCUAUAGCUGAUUCUGAAGAGAUAUCACCACCUGAAGAUUGGUUAGUUUGUGAAAUGACUGUUUUAGCAAAAUAUUAUUUUGAUUGUUACGAUGAGUUUGAAGAUCAGACAAUACCUAAUGGUUUCCUAUGGAAUGAAAUAGGCCGGUUACUUGACAAACCAGCCGAUGAUUGCAAAGCGAAGUUUGAGGAGUUACGAGAGGCUCAUUUGCAGAAGUAUAUUGUUGGGGCUGUCGACGAUUUGCAUAGCAGAAAACCAGUUGAUAUAGUAUAUGACCAUAUCAUAUCAAAGGAUAUUCAGAAUGAAAUGGAACGGAAUAGACAGAUACCAGAAGAAUUAGAGAUAUGGAAGACAACGGAGUUGGAUGACUUGGUCCAGUUCUUCUAUGACAACAUACAGUUGUAUAAAGACAAAAUAUGUCAUUUUGUGUGCUGGGCAGCUGUAGCGAAGAAGUUGAAGAAGACAAUACAGAGUUGUAAAAGCCAAUGGGAUGACUUGGUGCAGUUGUAUCAGACUAUUCUAAAUGAUAAGAAGGAAUAUCCUGAUAUGCAGAUUGAUUGGCGAUAUAUUGAAGUUUUUGAUAGAAUAUUCGAUUAUGGUAUGGAUACUAACUUGUUAGUUGGGUAUGACAAACCUAAGGAUGCUGGCGGUCCGAAAGCAGUUCAGGAAUCAGAAUUGGGGAAGGUUGGAGUAAAAAAAGUGAAUAUUAAAGAGGAAGUAGGUAUGGAUGACUACAGUGAUGAUGACGAAUACUAUGAUGAGAAAGGAUUCACAAGGCGAACCAAAAGGCGUGCUGGAGAAUCCAAAGCAUUCAAAAUCCUCGAAUAUUACCAAAAGCACAAAGACAAAUUCUCCACAACUAAUAGAAAUAAACAUUCCUUAUGGGAAGUUCUGGCUAAGCAAAUAGGUAUUUCAGCUACCCAAUGCGCUCACAGAUUUAGGAACUUAAAACAGGUAUACACUGCUUACGUCCAAAGAGAAAUCAACAAACCAGAGAUGCCUAUAUUAUGGCCUUAUUAUGCUCUUUGUAAGAAAGUCUUUGGCUACCGAGCCAUCAAAUCAAAGCUCAAGAACGGCAGAAUGGAUUCCGAUGACAGCGAAGACUGGUCAGCGAAGGAAAUCAAACAAUUGAUAAAUUACUUUGCUAAAAACUUCGAGGAAAUUGAUAAUUUUGUCGAUGACACAAGUAAGUGGUCUGAUUUGGCAACAGAUAUUGGUAAGACGGAGAAUGCUUGCAAGGAGAAGUUUAUUGAAUUGAGGAAGUCUUAUAGGAAGUUGAAGACCAUGAGGAGUAGGAAUCCUGAUGUAAAGAUUUCUUGGAAGUAUUUCAAUAUGUUCGAAGAUAUCUAUAAUGCUAAGCAGAAUGGAAAUGAUGAGGCCAUGGAAGUUGAGGAGUUGGACUUGAAUAUGGUUUCUGAUGAGAAAGAAGAAGACGACUACCAGUGCAUCAUAGUGAUACCAGAAGGUCAAGAUAUAUCGCAGAUAGAAAACGCCCAAAUUAUAAUACAAGACCCAGCAACUUUAGAAACUGUCCCAGAAGAACCAGCACCAGCAAAGGAGGUCAAACCAUUCCCAAAAUGGACGAAACGGACCAAAAAACGGUUGAUUAUCUUCUACAUUAACUACAUAAGGGCACAUAAAGGGAAGGAGAUCAAAUCACAAGAGAUGUGGAAGGAGAUUGCGUCGAAAUUACCAAACAAAACUUUGCAGUCUUGCAGAAAAAUGUUUGCAAAACUAAAGGCCAAUCACAAACAAUUAGAUAAGUCGGAUCCCAAUGUGAAAAAUAACCCUUAUUUCACUUUAAUGGAAAAGGUAAUGCGUUUGAAACCGAAAUUUGAGAAAGGGGACCAAACUAAGAGCUUAAAAGAUGGGAAGGUCUAUAAGGAUGUCACUUUACCUGAUGAUAAAGUAGUACAAGUGUUACAGUACUAUUUGGAGAACAUAGAGGACUUUGUCAGCCCUAGAUACGAGAAGAAAUACCUAUGGACAGAACUAGCUAACUACGUAUGCGAACCUAUUACUAAAGUCUUUAACAAAUUAAACUAUUUGAAACAACAAUAUAAUAGUGACACCAAUGAAGUUGCCGGCCAAAAAACACCAUUUGGGGAGCUUCUAAAAGAAAUUCAAGCUAGAGAAAUUGCUGUGAAACUCGUGGUAGAAAAUAAUCCUAAACCGAUUAUCGAACUACCAGAUGAUGAGGAAACCUGGUCUGAUGAUGAGACGGAACAGCUUCUGGAAUGGUACUUAAGCAAUUUGGAGAAGUUUAAGAACCCUAAAUAUGUUAGGAGCUAUCUUUGGCUGGAAGUUUCCGAGUUGUUGAAGAAAAGUGCUAUAUCUUGUUCGAAGAAAAUGUCAGAUGUCCGCACUGAGUACAGAAAUAUGGUGAGAGAGAAACCUGAGGAGUUGAAUGGAUGGAGGUUCCUAGACCUUUGCCAGAAGAUCUAUGGCACGGGAAAGAAAGGAGCAACUAAUACUAGUAAUUAAAUCUGUAAUUGGUUAUCGCAAACGACUGAUAUAGCACCUAUUCCUUUCUUAAUCCAGGGUUAGUCUAAGUACCUAUCUAAUGUUGAAAUUCGUGUCUGGGUUGUUGUUAUUGGGCGUCUGGACCUGGCGAAUGCGUUUAAAUAUGAAAAAAUGCAAUAGGCAGCGUUUAAAUGUUAAAUGUACGCAUGCGUUUCGCGAUAUGUUUGCUAACGGCGUAUUCAACAAACCUAGAAACACUAUGACACUAAAAAUAUCUAUUUUACAUAGCGUCUUUAUAUAGUUUUAUACCUAUUUUCUCUUUCUUUUUUUACUUGCAACUGUUUCUUUAAACUAUAGGUAAAUGUUCUUUGGUUAUCCCGCCAAUUGUUAACUGAUUUACAAAAUUAUUUUCUGUAACAUGAAAAGUAUGGUGAGACCCCAACAACUGUUAUUGUUUAUGUAAUGUAUGCUUUGAUCUUAAAAUUUACUAGGUCACUACUUAAUUCUGUUUGUAAGUGUGAAUCCAAUUACCAUCAACAGUCCAUGGCAGUCAGUCAGUCAAUGCUGGACUAUAUGCCUUCUCUACAUAAGGUUUGCCAAAAUUUCCUCCCUUGGUAGGCGGGUUGCUAAAUACAGUUUCAAUUGUCGACCUCAAAAUUCUCAGUAACAAUGUGGAGUCACUCUUAGAACGAUUUUUACCACCUACGAACAGAAUUUGGACUCUCUGUGACUGUGGACUCGUAAGUGCUUUUUCAAGGCCCCGUUACCGAGCAAAUGUACUUUAAAACGUAGUGGUAUACUUGAAAGCUAACAUACAUACCUAUACAUUUUGCUGUGCUGCCGACUAGCUGGUAACUGGGACGUGUGUAGGGCCUUAAUCCUACAUAGAAUAUACGUGCUGUUGUUGGGUGAUUCCUCAAAAAAUUUAACAAGAAUAAACGUCAUUGACCUCAUAGUAAACAAUUCUGCAGAUUGAAAUUGAAAUUGUGAUUUUGAAAAAUGAAACUAUCCCCUUGCUCUCAAGCAAACUAAAAAUAUUGAUGAUAGUAAGUUAAUAAGUUACUUAACAAUGCGUGAGAUUUAUGAUAUGUUAAAUAAAUGUUACCUUUUUUUUCAAAAUUACCCAUUAGGUACACAUGCUAAAAGGCGUCCUAUCAAAAAUCGAACGCCUGUCGAUUUGAAGCAUGCUUGAAAUGCAUGCUAAUUUUGAGUAACAUUCCGAGACACAUGCUUCUAAGUGACAAGUGCUCAAUUGAAGCAUGAUUUUGUGCUUGAAAUUAGCAUGUGUAACAGUACCAUUCUCACUGGUUUUAAUCUAAAACCUCUGAAUCGAUCUCUAUUUUUGACAGCAACCCCAUAAUAAAUAUAGAUGAUGUCAAAAAUCGAUCUUUUAAAAGAUAGAGAUCAGUUCUUUCGGCCGUUGUAAGAGGGUUAGUUAUAUUUUUUCUCAUAAAAUCACUCUUUAACUUAAUGUAUUUUAUUGUUCAUUUAAAGUAGGUAGGGAAAAUAAUCGCACUGUAAAUACAAUGAAAUUAUGUGAGCUAUUUUUUAAAUGUUAUUUUAGUAUAAGAAUUAUAUUUUAGCU